AUGAUUGACGACAGAUUUUAUGCGGACAACUUUGUAACAUCGGAAGCAGACCCUGUGAAGCUGGCGAAAUUGUACUCCCUGGCACGGGAACAUUUGCAGGAAGGCGGCUUUGUUAUUCAGUCCUGCAUCUCCAAUGAUGAGGCUCUCCGAACCAGGAUGAAAGAAGAUGGUACACUGAGUGCACAUGAUGAAGAAUGGGAGAAGGUACUCGGUUACCGGUACAACCCUCUUUCAGAAGAAAUGCACGUGGGCCACGUCAAGUGCGAUCCCAAUGCGUCAACAAAGUGGGGAGUGCUUUCUGAGGCGGCCAAAAUUUUUGACCCCUUAUAUCUUUGUCUCCCAGUUACGGUUCGCAGUCGAAUACUUAUUAGGUCUGUGUGGAAGAAUUGUUUGUGUUGGAAUGAUCCUCUCCCUACUGCCGUUUUGAAUCUCAUCCCCAGUGGUGAUGGUGUGGUCAGGUCAGCUCGUGUCCGAAAGGGGGACGGUCUUGGAGAUGUACACUCUUUGAAACACCUCUACCCGCUGGAACUUUCCCUGACAGCUAACCGUCCUGCUGAGUUACCAACUAGUGGUCCUGUGUCACUCCCUGGGAGUGCUUCGAUUGCAGAGAGGGACGAGGAUCCAUCAUGUUCUGCUGCCAUCGAUGAGGAGCGUGUCUGGUUGUGUCCUGUGCUCCAGAAAUUACUGCUCUCUCUCUCUCCCUCUCCCUCUCUCUCUCUCUCUCUCUUUCAGAUUAUCACUUCGUCCCAUUCCCGACACUCCUCUUCUCAAAACACCCACCAACAAUACCACUGCAACCGACUAUAUUUCUACUCCUCCCAACAUUCCUCCCUUUCCACAAGCACAACGCCCACGCGCGCGCGAUACACACAUCUAUCUAUCUAUCUAUCUUUCUUUCUUUCUAUCUAUCUAUCUAUCUAUCUAUUUAUCUAUCUCAUUCUGUUCAUCUAUCUAUCUAUCUAUCUAUCUAUCGAUCUAUCUCAUUCUGUUUAUUUAUCUAUCUAUCUAAGUAUAUAUGUAUGUACGUAUCUAUCUAUCUCUCUCUCUCUCUCUAUAUAUAUAUAUAUAUAUUAUUCUGUUCAUCUAUCUAUCUAUCUCAUUCUGUUCAUCCAUUUAUCUAUCUAUCUAUCUUAUUCUGUUCAUCUAUCUAUCUAUCUAUCUAUCUAUCUCAUUCUGUUUAUCUAUCUAUCUGUCUAUCUAUAUCUUUAUCUAUCGCUCUAUCUAUCUAUCUACACGAUAAAAAAACAUCUAUACUAA